AUGCGCCUUUUGAGAUUUCUUCUGAGAUAUUUUCCACCAGGACUUGGAUUUGAAUACAAGAAAACGGGCGAGACUCACAUUAAAAUGAUCGAUCUUCUGGAUUUGACACAUAAUACCGACAUUAAACUAUUGGCGUAUCGUAUAAAUAAGGAACAUAAGCUGCUAUAUGGUGACGUCCAAUCGGAACUGGAAGAAAUACUGCAAAGGCUGAAAGAUCGCUGUUUGGAAAGCGUUGAUCACAAAUAUUAUAAAUACAAAUCAUUACGAUCUCAUGCAUUGCCAAUCACAAAUGUUGCAUUUGAUAAGUCCGGAGAAAGAUGCUUGUCCGGGAGUUACGACAGAACAUGCAAGGUAUGGGAUGUAGAAACUGGAGAAGAAAUAAUUUCACUCGAAGGUCAUAAGAAUGUUGUUUUCUCCGUAGCAUUUCAAUACCCAGAUUGUAAUAGAGCAUUGACGGGGUCCUUUGACAAGACAGCACGUCUUUGGAACCUGCGUACAGGCGCAUGCGACGCUAUAUUUUGGGGACACAGCGCUGAAGUUGUAUGCUCGGAGUUCAGUCCCCAACGAGACUCAGGUGUGGCUGCUACGGCUUCUUUAGAUGGCACGGCACGGCUGUAUCAUUUGGCCACAGGUCAAGAAAUACGCACAUUUUGUGGUCACAGUGCUGAAAUAAUAGCUCUGAAAUUUAGCAAGGACGGAGAACGGAUGAUAACUGGAUCUUUUGAUGGAACUGUGAGCUUAUGGGAUCCUCGUGUCAAAGACCGUUGCGGAGUGUUGCUGGGCCACGAGGCAGAAAUAAGCAAUUGCCUAUAUAACUACGAUGGUACGCUGAUUGCUAGUUCAUCAAUGGAUAAAUCUGCUCGCAUUUGGGAGACGCGUACCAUGAAUUGUUUGGCAACGAUUUCUGGACAUCAGCACGAGGUGCUCAAUAUAGCCUUCGAUGGCAGAGGAAGACGCUUAGCAACUGCAAGUAGUGACUGCACUUCGAGAGUUUGGGAUGUCCAUGGAGAUUUUAGUUUACUAGCGGCAAUGACUGGUCAUACGGAUGAAGUGAACACGGUCUGCUUUAGCCCUCCAGGUGGAGUUUUGCUCACUGGAUCAAAAGAUAAUACUGCCAGACUAUGGGAUAGUGAAACAGGAGAGUGCAUUCAGGUACUAAGAGGACACAUGGAUGAAGUUUUCUCGUGCGCGUUCAACUAUAUGGGUGACACCAUAAUAACCGCUUCCAAAGAUAAUACUUGUUACUUAUGGAGUUGA